GCGAGACCUGCAUUUCUUUAAUAGCAUUAAUUCACCAUGCCCACCUUUGCUCAAUUAAGACUUCAUCAAGCAUGUGUCACUUUUCGACGCAUCGUUAUGGAAGAGAGGGAGACCGUAGAAACUUUCCAAAAGCCGUUAAAUAUUUUUGAAAGAACUAGCCAGAGAUUCCACUUCAUUAGACGGUGUUUCCCUCCUCCUCUUUGCUCAUAUGGUUUGCUUCAAUUAAGCUUAAGAGUCAAAAUGAGGCACCGUCUACAAAUGUGUACUAGGAGCAUGCCACUUCUACAGUUGCGGUCACCUGAUUCUUGUUCCACCUGUAUUGUUACUUUCCUCGAAGUUUUGAUAAAAUAUGAUAUGCAGUCUGUAGCUCCUGGUCAAUGCGCUCUUUUCUUUUGUCAGCCAAUCCCUGCGUGCGCUCCCAUCUUCCCGACUUGUAUUUUUUUUUUCCAAAAAAAAAAAAACUCAUGCCAACUGAACCCCAUGAGGAGGCGGUAACAAAAGAUGGACAACAGCAUUUAAAACGCAUUCCGCGUCGACAAUAUCGCAAAGAACGUAAGCUUGCUGCACGAAAAGCACGUCGUCAGCAGCAUGCAGAACAACGCGAUCGACUGCAACAAGUUAAUGAACAACAGGCGUUAAACGAUCAUUCUGAAUACCUUCAACAAAAGCAAUUGUGGGAAGAACGUGAGCAGCGGUAUGAAUUGAUCAAUGCCGUUCGAAAACGAGCAGAAGAGGCUGAACGAGUAGCAAAAGAGGUGGCAAAGCAAAAAUGGCGCGAAGCUUUAUUACGUAUGCCUAUGCUCCCACCUUCAAUGACAACGAAUACUAGUGAUAGUAUUGACAGUACAGGGAAUCAGGCCAAUAUCCGAAAUAUGCCAAAGUUCGUCAGUAGAGACAAUGGGCAACGGCAAUCCAGCAAAAAAUGGCCAGACAUUGAUGGUGAUACCAUAAAUUGGCCUUGAUAUCCUUUUCGAAAAAGCAAAUGCAUAUAUCCUUAUUAGAAAAAGCAUUCUUAGUCCAAUCAAUCCUACUCAUUAUUUCAUGAAAAAGAAAAUUGAUGGCUGGUUAUCUGUGUAUUUUAUUUUAUCUUGUUUUCUCGAACAUAA